GAAAGACCAGAGAAGGGCUUGGACAGCUGAAGCCUGCGUCCGCGAGCAGGUCCGUGCGGACCCCGGCUUCAGGCCCGCUGAGUCCUGCGGGGCGGCCGUGGGGGACGCCAGGUCGCCGGCUCCUCUGUCCUGGUCGAGAUGGACAACGCCUCGUUCUCGGAGCCCUGGCCCGCCAACGCAUCGUGCCCGGGUCCCACGCUGGGCUGCUCCAACGCGUCGAGUCUGGCCCAGCUGCCGGCGCCGCUGGCGGUGGCCGUGCCAGUCGUGUACGCGGUGAUCUGCGCCGUGGGGCUGGCAGGCAACUCCGCGGUGCUGUACGUGCUGCUGCGGGCGCCCCGCAUGAAGACCGUCACCAACCUGUUCAUCCUCAACCUGGCCAUCGCCGACGAGCUCUUCACGCUGGUGCUGCCCAUCAACAUCGCCGACUUCCUGCUGCGGCAGUGGCCCUUCGGGGAGCUCAUGUGCAAGCUCAUCGUGGCCAUCGACCAGUACAACACCUUCUCCAGCCUCUACUUCCUCACCGUCAUGAGCGCCGACCGCUACCUGGUGGUGAUGGCCACCGCGGAGUCACGCCGGGUGUCCGGCCGCACCUACGGCGCCGCGCGCGCGGUCAGCCUGGCCGUGUGGGGGCUCGUGACUCUCGUCGUCCUGCCCUUCGCUGUCUUCGCCCGGCUCGACGACGAGCAGGGCCGGCGCCAGUGCGUGCUGAUCUUCCCGCAGCCCGAGGCCUUCUGGUGGCGCGCGAGCCGCCUCUAUACGUUCGUGCUGGGCUUCGCCAUCCCGGUGUCCACUAUCUGCGUCCUCUACACCACCCUGCUGUGCCGGCUGCACGCCAUGCGGCUGGACAGCCACGCCAAGGCCCUGGAGCGCGCCAAGAAGCGGGUGACCUUCCUGGUGGUGGCGAUCCUGGCCGUGUGUCUCCUCUGCUGGACGCCCUACCACGUGAGCACGGUGGUGGCGCUCACCACCGACCUCCCGCAGACGCCGCUCGUCAUCGCCAUCUCCUACUUCAUCACCAGCCUGAGCUACGCCAACAGCUGCCUCAACCCCUUCCUCUACGCCUUCCUGGACGGCAGCUUCCGCAGGAACCUCCGCCAGCUGAUAAGGUGCCGCUCGACCUCCUGACGCCCCGAGCAUCGGGCUCCCCACCGGCCCCGCCACCCCGGGCCCGCGCAGGAGGAACCGGCGCCAGCGGCCAGAGUGCGGGACCGGAGAGGCAGCCUCGGCGUCGCGGGGAAACUGACUCGCGCCCCACCCCCGACCUAGCGGAUGG